ACGAGUGGGAGCCGAGAUCACUGCUCGUGGUGCGCACACGCCGCGCAGCUGCGGGUUGUAACUCGAUUGACAAUCGCGCGUGCGGGAUGAAAAUGGAGCCGAUUGGCGCUAGUGCACGGCGGCACUACCUAGUGCCUCUGGGGGAAAGGAGGAGGAGCCCUCAAUAGACGGACUGAGAUCGCUGGGCUGGAUCCAUAUGGGGGUGCCGCACAACCUGAAGCGGAGGCACCCGUGUAUACUCCACACCUCUCCGCGCCGAAGUAUUGAGCCACCGCGGUCAACAGCAUGCAGCACAUGAGGGGAUCGCAUGCUGCGGACGGAUACGCGUGCCGAGUCGAUGCGCCCGUGGAUGAUGCACUGCGCGGCUGCGAGCGGAGCGGCGCGCCUGCACGCGCCGCGAGCCCGGAGGCUGCACGAGAACCCGCGCGGCGAGAUGUCUGGAGCCCGGAGCGCCGGCGGCUCGACGAGCCGCUCGCGGCGAUGCGCCGUGUGGGAGGACGAAGUGGCCAGGAGCGCGCUCCUUUGAGGGCUUAGCUAGGGGUAGCGAGCUGCCCCUGUCGGCGCGAGGCGGUGCCGCGGCGGUGCGCGUGGAGCG